AUGAGUCUCACACCGCUAUCCUGUCAACUCAUGGGAUGGCGAGGCUCUGGUGGAGGAGGAGCAUCCAUCGUGGGCGUGUUUUAUGCCAUGGGAGGGAUUCUCAUGAUACUCGGUGGGCUUUUGGAGUUUAUCCUAGGAAACACAUAUUCAUUUGUCGCCUUUACUGGUUUCGGAGGAUUCUGGUUGGCUACUGCCAUAUCGCUCACACCAUCUGCAAAUGCCACUGGGGCGUUUACAACCGGUGCCGAGUCAACAGUUGGAGUUGAAUAUUACGCUUCAUACGUGGCCGAUGUGCUGCAGACUCGUACUGCAAGCAUUGAGCUUCAAAACGGCGGACCAAUUGGAUCUCAGCAUGGUCACAAUAAUAACGAUGAUAAUGAUAUUGCCAGUCAACCAAAUGAUGGCAUCACUCUGCCGAAUUCAUCCACGCUUGAAUCAACGAGCGUGCCAGUGUCGGAUAUGGAAUCCGCAACUCCCAUGCUAAAAACUCAUCAAAUCGUGGUGAUCAUGCUGUCCCUCUGUGCCAGCUCCUUUGUCUCUGCUCUAGAUAUAACAAUUGUCUCGACGGCCCUACCGGUGAUCUCCGGGUACUUUCAUUCGACAUCGGGCUAUACGUGGAUCGGCAGUGCCUAUGUUCUCGCCAACACAGCUACUACACCUACAUGGGGAAAGAUAUCAGAUAUCUGGGGCCGCAAGCCUCUGCUCUUGGCUGCACUCACGGUGUUUUUUUUCGGCAGUGUGAUGUGUGCCGUGGCUAAAUCGAUGACUGUGCUUAUUGCGGGCCGUGCAGUUCAGGGUGUUGGCGCCGCCGGGUUGAAUAUUUUGGUGAAUAUUUGUAUCAGUGACCUGUUCGCGCUCAGGGAUCGCGGCAUGUAUUUUGGGCUGCUUUCUGUCGUAUGGGCCUGUGCGAGCGGCAUUGGGCCCGUACUCGGGGGAGUGUUUUCUCAGGAGCUAUCAUGGAGAUGGUGUUUCUAUAUUAACUUGCCGUUCGUGGGAGCAGUGUUCUGCUUGCUGUGGUUCGUUCUAAAACUGGAAACUCCCAAAACGCCUGUAUGGGAUGGGCUGAAAGCUAUCGACUGGAUGGGUUGCUUGCUGGUUAUCGGCGGAACUCUCAUGCUCCUGUUCGGUCUCGACUUUGGUGGUGUCACUCAUCCAUGGACCUCCACUACGGUCAUUUGUCUGAUAGUGUUUUCCAUCUUCAUCGGUGCCUUGUUUGUUGUGAAUGAGAAGAAACUGGCCAAGUAUCCUAUCAUCCCCAUGGAUCUCUUUCAAUACCGCUCAGGUAUCGGUUCGUUUGUCCUUUGCUUUUGCCAUGGGUUCGUCUUCACCGGCCAAGCGUACUAUCUGCCACUAUAUUUUCAGUCGAUCCUUGGGCUGAGUCCCGUGAAAUCCGGGCUAUACUUUUUGCCUUAUAUCCUGGCAAUUUGUUUUUCAGGAGCGUUGACCGGAGUGUUUAUCCAAAAGACAGGAAGAUAUAUGCCGACAACGUACUUGGGCCUAGCAUUGAUGACCUUGGGUGUCGGGCUACUCAUCAACCUGGACAUCAAGCUCAACUGGACGAAAUUGAUCAUCUAUCAGAUCAUCUCCGGGGUGGGCAUUGGCCUCAAUUUCGAAAGCCCCUUGCUGUCGCUGCAAGCCAUAGUCGGCGCACACAACGCCACGACGGCGACAUCCACCAUCGGGUUUGUGCGGACCUUGUCGAGCGCAAUAUCGGUGGUUAUUGGGACGGUGGUGUUCCAGAACCAGAUGGUCAAACAAGGGCCCAGCCUUGUUGCGGCUCUUGGUCCUCAACUUGGCGGUCUGCUGGCCGGGGGGGAUGCUGCUGCCAAUAUUGACGCAAUCAGUGCGCUGCCACCAGCACAGCAGCUGGUUGCAAGACACGCAUUGUAUCAGUCACUGAGGGCUAUAUGGAUUAUGUAUACAGGAUUCGCGGGCGCCGGGGUAGUAGCAGGAUGUCUGAUGGCGGCGCAUCCUCUGAGCAAAGAGCACGAGGCGGCGGUUCUCGGCCUGCAUCCACGCGAUGGGCCGGCAGAGACUAGAGACUCAACGCGGUAUCGAGAUACAAACCCAUGGUCCCGGAAAACCGACCGAUUAGAUCCCGAAAAAGCCUCGUCUUCCUAUGAUUCCUCUCUCAGCGACGACGAUCCCGUUUACUCCGACACAUCUCGAGUCACCUCCGGCUCGCUGAGCUCUCGCAUACCCAUGCUAGGCAGCCCAUCGCGACGACGGGGGCCGAGGACGAAAGGCUUCAUGCCUCACCGCUUGAUGAGAUGCUUCUGUCUCGCCGUUUUCAUCGCCCUGCUGCUGUUCGUCCUCAACCUGUUCCGCUUCACGCUGUUCGGCCAAGCCGAGCAGGUCCCGAUUGAAGUGCCCAAGCCUGUGCCCAAGCCACAUAUGUGGGAGAGCUUCCCUUUCCUGGAACGGUAUCAUGGUGGUCUCCGGUCAUUGGUUGUCGCAAAGGAUAACGUCCCCGAAUACCCUGGAGACGGCACCCCUGAAGAUUUGGUGUUGCCGCCCGGUGAUGAACAAGAAAAAGAAAAGGAACAGGAGCCGCAAGAAGACGGCAAGAAGACGGCGCAAAAGCGCAGCAAUUCCAACACCUUCAGCAGCUCGGCAUACAACCCCUACCCCAACUACAAGGCCCAGGAGUAUUUGCAGAAAUAUGGUCAGAAGGUAGACUGUUUCCUCGACGAAGACGGCAAAGUCCGGAUUCCUCAAGUACAGCACUAUCCCGGUGUGCCUCAAGGCUUCCCAGACCCCAUUAUGGGCUCCAACGCAAUGCUCGGUAUUCAGGACGACGUUUGUUUCGAUCGUUUCGGCCGAUUAGGUCCCUAUGGACUGGGCUAUGGAGUCAAGAAAGGCGGUACUGGUGCUGGCAUGGAAGGCGACCGCGAGGGGGCUGACCGUGUAUGGGAAGAUGUCCCGCCGGUCGACUUCCGUCAAGUCAACUGGGCUGCAGCACAGAAUCGCUGCAUCAUUGCCAACCGCCACCGUUUUGCUGAAUUGCCAGAGCCUCGGCUUGAUCGUACUUUUGUCAUGCCUCUCGGUACUCCUCCCCAACUCCAUGUUGAGACGCUUCCGCCCGCCGAAGAAUCCGCCAAGGGCUCUGAUCACCUUCCACGGACUGCUGUUUUGGUUCGAACCUGGUUCGACUUCCACUACACCGAAGAGGACAUCAUGUACCUACGAUCUCUUAUUUCGGAACUGUCAUUGAUGACCGGUGGCGAAUAUACUGUCCACUUCUUGAUCCAUGUCAAGGAUGACAACCUGCAAAUCUGGUCUGACGACGAGACCUAUGACCGUGUACUGCGCGACUCGCUGCCAGAAGAAUUCCGCGGAAUGGGCACUCUAUGGUCGGAACGACAGAUGAACCUAAUCUAUGGCGGACUGCAGGAGAGCUUCGAACGUGGUCUGCCCGUGCAUGGUGUUUACCGAAGCACUUUCAUGCCGGUGCAGUACUUCUCUCAUCUUCACCCGGAAUACGACUAUGUUUGGAACUGGGAGAUGGAUGUCCGUAACACCGGUCACUGGUAUCAUUUCUUCGACAAGGCAAGAAACUGGGCGCGCAAGCAGCCUCGCAAGGGCCUGUGGGAGCGAAACUCGCGGUACUACGUGCCCAGCGUUCAUGGGCCCUGGGAGGAUUUCAUGCACACCGUUCGUGUACAGACCGAGCUGGGCACCAACAACCCGAACAACAUGUGGAGCGCCGUGAAGGAUAGUGAAGACACCUCGGAUCCCAAUCACAAGGAUCACGGCCGUCAUGGUGACAAAUUCAUUUGGGGACCCGAACGUCCGCACGAAUCCGAUGUUAUGGAACUCGACGUGGAUGGUGUCCCUCCUACCACUAUAGAGAAAGACAAGUAUGAUUGGGGUGUCGGCGAAGAAGCUGAUUUGAUUGUGCUCAACCCGCUGUACGAUCCAGAGGGAACAACAUGGCUUCUUCGAAACGAUGUCACCGGGUACAAUCGCGACGAGGGAUUGCCACCACGUCGGGCUGCCAUCAUCACAGCCUCUCGGUUAUCGCGCAAGCUGCUCUCGACGAUGCACCGCGAAACCAGCAUGAAGCGACACACGAUGUUUUCAGAAAUGUGGCCUGCCACAACAGCACUGCACCACGGCUUCAAAGCGGUAUACGUUCCUCACUCGAUGUACAUUGAUCGAAAAUGGCCCACGCGCUAUGUCGAAGCCGUGUUCAACGGCGGUCGCAAUGGCGCUUCUGGUGGCGCGCGCACCUCGAUCUUCGGCGACCGUGAGCACAACUUCCGUGGCACGACGUGGUUCUAUUCAGCCGGGUUUUCGCCUAACCUAUGGCGCCGUUGGCUCGGGUACAGGGUCGACAACGACGGGGGUGAGGAAGAAGAGCUCGCCGGUGAAGGCCGGAUAUGCUUGCCUCCCAUGUUGCUGCAUCCUGUCAAGGAUGUGCAGUUGGUCAUUGAUGACGGAGGCAUACCAGCCGAAGACCAGAUCUCAGACCAAGUGCGAGAGCCAGACAGGCCGCAAUAA